GAACGGUCCAUAGUGCAAGGAGAGGGAGAGAGAGAGAGAGAGAGAGUACGGAGUGCGGAGGGGCGAGGGAAGUGUGGAGAAAGUUCAUCGAUCGGGGAGCGUGGGUUGGUGAGCGUGGUUGUAUCAUAUUCAGUAUUCCAAACUGAGAGCAUCCGGGGCUCGGUCUCUCUAAAGGAGAGGAGGCGAGGAGGAGAGCCAUGGCUUCGGCGGGGUAUGAGGCGUUGGAGGGAGGCAACCUCAAGGGCGGGGCGCUGAUCAGCAAGGAGAUGCGCCACGGGCACGGGCGCACCGCGCACAACAUGUCGUCGUCGUCGCUGCGUAAGAAGUCGGAUCUGACGCUGGUGUCCAAGGUGCCCUGGGGACUGCUCAGGAGCCUCCUCGCCAACCUCCAGGAGAUCUUCCUGGGGACCAAGCUCUUCGUCCUCUUCCCCGCCGUUCCCCUCGCCGUCGCCGCCCACUACUUCCACUUCGGCCGCGCUUGGGUGUUCGCGCUGAGUUUGCUGGGCCUCACCCCGCUGGCCGAGCGCGUGAGCUUCCUCACCGAGCAGAUCGCGUACUAUACCGGUCCCACUGUGGGUGGGCUCUUGAAUGCCACAUGCGGGAAUGCCACAGAGUUGAUCAUAGCUAUAUUCGCAUUGUUCGGGGGGAAGAUCGAGGUGGUUAAGUGCUCCCUUGUGGGUUCCAUCCUCUCCAACCUGCUGCUUGUCCUUGGCUCCUCCCUCUUCUGUGGUGGCAUUGCCAACCUCCGCAAAGAGCAGUUGUUCGAUAGAAAGCAAGCUGAUGUGAACUCCGGUCUUUUGAUGUUGGGUGCCUUGUGCCACAUGCUGCCGCUGAUGUUUAGGUAUGCCGUAAGCUCCGGUGAGCAAACGGCGGCCACAGUUUCAACGUUGGAUCUGUCGAGAGCGUGCAGCAUUGUCAUGCUUCUUGCGUAUAUCGCAUACCUCUUCUUUCAGCUGAAGACGCAUCGCCAACUCUUUGAAUCGCAAGAGCAGGAAGAUGAUGACAACGAUGAUGUGACCUCUGAAGAUGAGGCGGUCAUUGGACUCCCAAGUGCACUGGCUUGGCUUCUGGGCAUGACGAUUGUGAUAGCCAUACUAUCUGAGUAUGUUGUUGGCACAAUUGAGGAUGCUUCAGAAUCUUGGGGCAUAUCAGUAAGCUUCAUAAGCAUUAUCUUGCUACCCAUUGUCGGAAAUGCUGCAGAGCAUGCGGGCGCCAUCAUAUUUGCUUUUAAGAACAAGUUGGACAUCACCCUUGGAGUUUCCUUAGGAUCAGCAACCCAGGUCUCCAUGUUUGUGGUUCCAUUCAGUGUGAUUAUGGCAUGGAUUAUGGGAAUCCAAAUGGAUCUUGAUUUCAAACUAUUAGAGACAGUCUCAUUAAUUAUAGCGAUAUUGGUGACAGCCUUCACUCUUCAGGAUGGGACUUCGCACUACUUGAAAGGAAUUGUUCUCCUACUUUGUUACAUCGUCAUUGGUGCAUGUUUCUUUGUCCUCAAAACCCCACCAAAUCAAACAAAUGGCAUCAACUCGGGCGUUCUAACCACAAAAUCAGGUGUUGUUGUAGCUUAGCAUCAGUGUCAGCUUGCAGACUAUGUUAAUUCGACCGAAAAACAUGUACUUGGGACAAGCUUUGUCAACUUUGAAAACCAUUUUUCAAGGCACAUUGCUGCUCUGCCAUUUCACUUGGAAGGGAACUUUUACAGUGAAACAGAGCUUGGGAAAGUUCCAAAGGUCGAGAACAGCUACAACUUUGACAUCAUUUUGUCCAUGAAAGCUUGUCGAAGAACGGGAAAUAUCGGAGAGAUGAUUCUGCAUUUUUUUUUCAAUCUAUGUUCUGUAAAGUGGUUUCAAUUUGCAUUUUAGGCGAUGUACGUAGAGAUAUAUGGUAUUAGCCGGUCUCCACUGCGUGUCUUCCUUCUUGAUUUAUAUUUAAUAAAUAAAAAUGGUUAGUUUUCUUUUC